UCUCUUAUUUCUCACUUUUUUUGGUCCCAAUACCAAGCACCUCACUUUUCUCUUCACCGUCACUCUCCCUUUUCUUCUUACCAGAGAUCUUUUAUCUUUCAGUCUUUUUCUGUUAUUUAUCUUCCAUUUCUGGAAACUAUUUGUAUUCAACUACAUUCAUUGUCGUAUAUUAAAGAAGCUUGCUUCUCGAUCAGGCCGCCACAUCUUUCCCUUUUUUCUUCUUGUUGAUUGAAGGGUUUUUGUUGUUUCAGUUUAUAUUCAUCACAUAGAUUGUUAGAUUCUUGUAACUGGCAUGGCGGCUGCGGCAACUCCUCAACCAAUGGAGGGACUUCAUGAUGCAGGUCCUCCUCCAUUUCUCACAAAAACUUAUGACAUAGUUGAAGACUCCAACACCAAUCAUAUUAUUUCUUGGAGCAGCGGCAACAGCAGCUUUGUUGUAUGGGAUCCCCAGACCUUUUCCACGAGUCUUCUCCCUAGACACUUCAAGCACAACAAUUUCUCCAGCUUUGUUAGACAACUCAACACUUAUGGAUUUAGGAAGGUUGAUCCUGAUAGAUGGGAGUUUGCAAAUGAAGGGUUUCUGAGAGGGCAAAGGCAUCUUUUAAAGAACAUUAGGAGAAGAAAAACACUUCAACCUCAGGCUUCACAGCAGGCUCUAGACGCUUGUGUUGAAGUAGGAAGGUUUGGUUUAGAUGGUGAAGUUAAUAGACUAAGGCGUGACAAGCAAGUUCUAAUGGUGGAAUUGGUGAAGCUGAGACAGCAACAACAGACUACUAGAGAUUAUCUUCAUGUAAUGGAACAAAAGCUGAGAAAGACUGAGAUGAAACAACAACAAAUGAUGAGUUUCUUGGCAAGAGCAAUGCAAAAUCCAAACUUUGUACAGCAAUUAGUCCAACAAAAAGAUAGCAGAAAAGAAUUUGAAGAAGUGAUUACCAGAAAGAAAAGACGGCAUAUUGAUCAAGGGCCUAGUAAUAUUGAAGUUGGUGAAUUAGGACAAGGAGAAUGUGAAGUACUUCCUAAUUUUGUUAAGAUGGAACCUGAAGAAUACGGUGACAUUUCUGAUUUUGAAGUGUCAGAACUAGACAUACUGGCUGUGGACAUGCAAGGACUAAGUGAUAGCCAAAACAUUAACCCGCAAGAGAAAUUUAUAGAAAAAGGAGGUCAUGAACAUAGAAGUACAGAUAAUGUGAAGUUCUGGGAAGAUUUCUUGAAUGAAGAAAUUGAGGAAGAAGGUGAAGGAGCAGAAGAUGUAGAUAUGCUUGUCGAGCAUCUUGGUUUCAUGGGUUCUAGUCCAAAGUAGAGAGAGGAGGAGCUUGCAUAAUUUACUUCUUUACCUGCUGUUUUCUUCAAUGAGCUCGAGCUGGGUUAGAGGUACUUCUCUAGUUAUAUAUCUGCCUAAUUUCUUGUUUCUUCAGCUGUUGAUUUCUUUGAUGCCAAAAGCCAAGUGAAAUUUCCAGAUGGAAUGUCUUGGCGUUGGCUGGACAAUGCAUGCCAAUUUUCCAAACAUGUGACAAUGGAAGAAUGUACUCCAAAGUGAGUAAAUUAAUUAAACAAGUUAAGUUUCCUUGGAAAAAGUAGUUCAGAAUUUAUUAAUGCUCCUUGAACAUUCCAGUAUGUCUAUAUAUUGCUUUCCCAAUCCCCAUUAAUUUGGUAUCAUAUGCAACUUGAUCAUCUU